AUGGCAAAUAAUGAUGCGCUUUCUUUUCAGUACCCCCAUCUCACAAAAAAUAAUUAUGAGAAAUGGUGUCUAUGUAUGAAAGCCAUACUUGGCUCCCAGGAUGUGCGGGAAAUCGUAGAUAGAGGGUAUGCAAAACCCGAUAAUGAGGAAGAUCCGCCUCAAAAUAAAAAAAAUGCCUUGGCAAAGACAAGGAAGAAGGACCAACAAGUCCUCACGCUCAUCCACCAAUGUUUGGAUGAUGCUAUAUUUGAGAAGGUGGCAGAUGCUACCACCUCAAAGGAAGCUUGGGAGAUUUUACAAAAUUUCCUUCAAGGAGUUGACAAGGUGAGGAAGGUAAAACUUCAAACUCCAAGAGCUGAUUGUGAAGUUUUAAAAAUGAAAGAAUCCGAAUGCAUUUCGGAUUAUUAUUCAAAAAUGAAGGUUGUUGUAAAUCAAUUAAGAAGAUACGGGGAGGACAUAGAAUAUGUCCCUGUGGUAGAAAAGAUCAUUCGCACUUUAAUACCUAAGUUUGAUUUUAUGGUGUGUUCUAUUGAGGAGUCUAAAGAUUUAUACUCUAUGAUGGCGGAGCAAUUGGAGGGCUCUUUACAGGCCUACGAAGAAAAGAUCAAAAGGAGACAAUAA